AUGACAGCUCCACGUAGAUCAGCUAGAAUUGCUGGGAAAAGAUCUGAAAAAAUUGAAGAAACUCAGGAAGAACCAAAGUUAAAAAAGACUAAAGUAACUAAGAAAGAAUCGAAAGAGUCAUCAAAAAAAACGGAGCCUGUAAGUCAUUUAGAAGUUGGUGAUGAAAUUCCAGACAUGACUUUGCAAGAUCAGGAUCAAAAAGAUGUUUCUUUAAGAGAAAUAGUUAAAAAGAAUAAGAUAGUUGUAAUAUUUGUUUAUCCUAAGGCAUCCACACCAGGGUGUACGCGUCAAGCAUGUGGGUUCCGUGAUAAUUUUGAGGAUCUGAAGAAGCAUGCUAAGGUGUACGGGUUAAGUGCAGAUAACGCUACAAGGCAGAAGAACUUUCAAACUAAACAGCAUUUGCCAUACGACUUGCUAAGUGACCCAAAACGAGAAUUGAUCGGUAUUCUGGGGUGCAAAAAGACUCCGCAGAGUGGUAUUAUAAGAUCUCAUUUUGUUUUCUAUGAUGGUAAGUUGAAGUUUAAAAGAAUCAAAAUAUCUCCAGAAGUAAGUGUGUCCGACAGUAAGAAAGAAGUUUUAGAACUUGCUAAGAGUCUAGAAAGUAGAAAGUAA